AUGGGCUUCAAGAUCACACGCUCCCAGCGUUUGUCCGCCGUGAUUGGGAUUUCCUCGGUUUUUUUCGUGGCGGAGAUUUCCAUUGGAUUUUAUACGCAUUCUUUGGCUUUGGUCGCUGAUGCCUUCCACUAUCUAAAUGACCUGAUCGGCUUCAUCGUGGCAUUGGUGGCUCUCCGGAUAUCCGAGACAAACGAUGCGCCCAAAUCCUUAUCCUUCGGAUGGCAGCGAGCCCAGCUACUCGGCGCGUUCUUCAACGGUGCGCUUCUUUUCGCCCUGGGGAUCAGCGUAUUCCUACAAUCGAUAGAGCGAUUCAUUUCGUUGCAGUACGUGGAGAAUCCGAAGCUGAUGUUCAUUAUGGGCGCGGUGGGGUUGGGUCUGAAUCUGAUCAGCGCAGUUUUCCUGCAUGAACAUGACCACGGACACGGUCAUCAUGGACAUUCAGCCGCACCGUUGUCCCCUAUUCCACCUCCCAGCCAUGAGCCAGAGAUCUCCGAGCAUCAUAAUCACAAACACCAGCUGCACGGCACACAACCGACCUCCCUGGGACACGACUUGGGCAUGCUAGGUGUUUUGCUGCACGUGGUCAGCGAUGCGGCCAAUAACCUGGGAGUCAUGGCUGCAGCCCUGGUGAUCUGGCUGGCACACUACGAGGGAAGAUACUAUGCAGAUCCGGGCACGAGUAUGGGGAUCGCCAUGAUGAUUAUGCUGUCUUCACUUCCUCUCGUGCGACGAUCUGGCCUCAUUCUGUUGGAGAGCGCUCCGAACGGGUUGGAUCCGGCGGACGUGAAACAUGAUCUGGAAAAGGCACGUAUUCGCGCUUCGGGAUCAGUAUCCGAAGAAGCCAUCCUCGUACCUGGUGUCUUAGCCAUCCACGAGCUUCACAUCUGGCGUCUGAAUCAGAACAAGACUCUGGCAUCGGUCCACGUCGUGGUCUCCGAUCCGUCCGUGGAGAACUUUGCCAAGACGACCAAGACCAUGAAUGAAUGCUUUCAUGCGUACGGUAUCCAUUCGGCAACACUUCAGCCGGAAAUGUGUCCCCUGGCGGAGGCCAUCUAUACGGAGCAUGAAUCGGCGGAGACCGUGCAGGAGCUACGCAAGAGAUCGCUGGAGAAAUGCCAAGUGCUGUGCGGAACGUUAUGCGAGGAGCUGACAUGCUGUGGGUAG